UUAUCACGCAUUUGGGACCUAAAAUACGAUGGGAGAUAAGGAGGACUCUGGUGGAGAUGAUACUUCAGUCCAAGGAGGCAGCUCAACCCAAGAUUCUGGCAUUGCAGCACAAAGGGGAGCGCAUACAAGCCUAGGGUCACUGCUUAAGGAGGUGCUGAAGAGCUUCACCAUUGAGAAGUUCUCUGGAGAUGGCUAUGACGAUUGGGCAUGGAAGAUGCAGCUCUACUUUCGACAAAUUGGCCUCUUGAAGCUCAUGAUUGGAACGGAGCCAAGGCCAAAGGAAAUGGCAGAGCAAGCGGACUGGGAUGAACGUUCAUCUGCUGGGUAUUAUCUACUGUCACACAGCUUGGAGCUGAACCAGAGGCAUCACAUCAUGCAUCUGCUACCGGAAAUUGAUUGUGGGCCCAAGGCAUGGGCAGUGCUCAAGGACCUGCACGCUCCGACAUCGGUUGCGGCUUCUCUCAUGCUGGAUGGGGAGCUGUCCAUGCUGCGGUUGAGCGAGAAUGAACCUGUGCAGCCCGUACUGGACAAGAUGAGGGAACUCUACGCGAAAUUGGCGAUUGCAGGCAUCACGUAUCCUGAGCAGACUAAGUGUCUCAAGAUGCUCAGCCUGGUGCCCGAGUCUUGGCUGCAAUUUAUAAGCGGACUCAGCUUGCCACAAAACCAAAGUCAAUGGACAUUGGACUGGAUUCGCACCAAGAUUCUGGAAGAAGAUUUUCGUCGCUAUACACUGCGCGGAGGUGAUGACAGCACCAGCGGCUAUGCCAUGCAAGGGACAUGGAGGGAUCAAGGGCGUGGCAAUCGCGGUCGCUCCUACUACAACCAAGGUGGUCGCGGGACUUGGAACCAGCGGGGGCGUGGUGGCGCUGGUGCAAGAGGAAGAGGUGGUCACUCCAACAAUGACAACAGUGAACCACGCUUGAGGGGAGAGUGCUGGUAUUGCAAGGAAGAAGGGCAUCCAUGGUUUCGCUGCUCUACCAAGCCUGACUGGUGGACCCCUUGGAACCAAUCGCAAAAGGGGAAUGGAGGAAAGCAACCACAUGGAGGUGCCAACAUGGUAGCUGAUCCUGCUGAAGAAACCUCCAAGGAUGACAGAGGAAUGGGAAGUGAGGAGAGGAAUGCUGGACAGUUCUACCAUGUGUGUGACAAAGAUGACAGUGGCACAGCUGUUGCAAGGGCUGGAGAAGAGUUGCACCCGCUUGAUAUGUGGGUCAUGGACUCUGGUGCUGCAUGGACAAUGACACCACGCAAGGACUUGCUGGAUGCUGUGCGAGCGCCUCCAAUCUCCGAAGUGCGCUCAGCAUCCGGACAUGCAGUGAAGGUCGCUGGAGUUGGUCGAGCUGCAUUCAGAGCACCUGAUGGUGGACUGGUCGUGCUUAAGGACGUGUUACUCGUACCGGGGCUGAAGGCCAAUCUGAUAUCGCUGCGCAAGCUAGGCCAGGCCGGAGUCAGCACCACCACCAAUGGAUCCAAAACAUUCAAGGGGCUGCGAGGAGAUCGUGUGUUAUGGGAUUUACACGAAAGCAGAGAUGUCUUCAGAUCCAUGUGGCAGAUCCCUGCACUGAUAUGGGAAUCAACAAAGAAGGAAUUGGGAGAAGUAAAGGCUGGAUCUGGAGUCCAGGGGGAGUGCAAUGCAGUUAGUGCUGCAGGAGUGACGGUUUCUGCAAGGUCGGGGGAGACUGAUUGGGAAACCGCACACAGGCGUCUAGGGCAUGUGGCUAUGCCAUUGCUGCAGCAACUGCAUAAGGAAGAAGCAGUAAAGGGGCUGAAGCUUUCUGGGCAACCAAAUGAUACCAAGUGCGUGACGUGUCUGCUGAGCAAGUUCACACGGUUCCCCUUUUACGACAUAGCUGGGAAAAGCAAGGCAGCACUGGAACUGGUGCAUAUGGACCUGGUAGGACCUUUUCCAUUUCGAGGAAGUAAGGGGGAAAGGUACUUCCUGACAAUAGUUGAUGACUGGAGUCGGCUGAUGUGGGCAUACCCGUUGAAGCAGAAGGAUCAUGCUGCCUCAACAAUACGAGAUGACUGGCUGCCGUUCGUCGAGCGACAAUCUGGGCACCCAUGCAAGAGCAUCAGAACCGACCGAGGUGGAGAGUUUCUAGGAGGAGAUCUGACUGCGUGGCUCAAGAAACAAGGCAUUGAGCAUCAGCUAACGACGUCCUAUACCCCUCAGUCAAAUGGCAUUGCUGAGAGGGCUAAUAGGACCAUCCUGGAAACUGCGCGAGCGCUGCUGAUCGAAUCAGGGCUGGGGAACUCCAUGUGGCCUCAUGCGGUGAGGCAUGCUACAGUGGCAAGGAACCGCGUACUCACAAAGGUGGCUGAUGAUAUGUGGGUGCCGCUGGAGAGGUGGCUUGGAAAGAAGCCUCCAGUGGACAUGCUCAGAGUGUUCGGAUGCAUGGCAGUGGCGCAUGUCCCUAAACCGUACAGGACAAAGCUUGGAGCAUCUGCACUGUGGUGUGUGCACCUUGGACUUGCGGCAGAGAGCAAGGGGUGGCUACUCCGGGAGCCCUCGAAGAAUGUGCUGUUUGACAGUCGGGAUGUCAAAUUUGUGGAGAACAUCAUGUAUGGCAAGUGGGAGAAGCAGCCGGAGGCAAGGGUCACCCAGCAGCUGGAAGAGAUCACUAUGCACUUCGAUUUGUCCGAACCUGAGGACAGCGAAGUCACUGCGCCAACGGCAAGCGGUACUGAUGAAGGAAGCAAUGAGGAUAUUGCAGCUGAUGCUGAAGUCAAGGAUCCGGAGCAGCAGCAGCAAGAGGCUUCCAAAACACCAAGUCUGCCAAAGCGAAGGAAACAGAUUGGUGGGGGGACAAAGGAUUGGGUGAAGGUGAAAGAAUGGGUAAAUCCAACCAUCUACCCUGCACGUACCAGAAUGGCAACGAGAAAGCUGCUGAGCUCUACAAGUGGAGGAGCCACAACUGAGCAGCAGGAACAGGCUCAAGGCGAAGAUGCAGUGCUGUUCUUGGGUGAUGACCAAGAGUCAGAUGACGAGGAGCCUGCAUACUGCUUUUACGCACCAAUACAACCUCCGAGCAUGGAUCAUGCGCUAGCCGAGCCUCAACGGGGGAAGUGGCUCGUUUCAAGAGAUGCAGAGUACAACAGCCAGAUGGAGAAUCACACAUGGGACCUGGUGUACUUGCCAAAUGGGAAGAAGGCAAUACAGUGCAAAUGGCUGGCAAAAAUCAAGACGGAUGAGAAAGGAGAGCCAUCAGUUUACAAGAGCAGGCUGGUGGCAAAGGGGUUUCAGCAGAAAGAGAAAGAAGAUUACAAAGAAGUGUUUGCCCCAACUGCUAAGUCUCCAACGCUGCGUGUGCUGCUGGCGGUAGCUGCUGUGCGCAAAUGGAAGGUGAAGCAGAUGGACAUCGUAACCGCUUUUCUGUACGGCAUUGUGGAAGAGGAGGUGUACAUGGUUCAACCACCUGGCUAUGAGGAUGGAACCGGUCGUGUCUGCAAACUUAACAAGGCCAUCUAUGGCUUGAAACAGGCCCCGAGAUGCUGGUACAACAGGCUGGCCAGUGCACUGGAAGGGAUUGGAUUCCGUGCGAGUGCAUGCGACGAGAGCCUAUUCCUGAUGGGCGAGGGGGAGUCGCUUGUGCUUCUGCUGGUGUACGUGGAUGACAUCCUGCUCUUCAGCAGCAGUGACAAGGAGAUCGAUGGGGUGCAGCGGAAGCUCACAGAGCAGUUCAAGUGCAAGCAAAAAGGAAUUAAAGUUCUUCAAGAGAAGGGGGAGCAGCUCGGAGAAGGAAAGGUGUUCCUUUCCUGUUUUGCUGAUGCCACGUAAGCUUCUGAGCAUGAGAAUUCAUCAUCAGUUGGUGGAUACAUCUGCAUGGUGGGAGGUGGGCCUGUAAGUUGGAGGUCCAAGAAGCAGUCUGAAACGGCACUAUCUUCAGUGGAAUCUGAGUACAUGGCAAUGUUUCAUGCGGCAAAAGAAAUCAUUUGGCUAAGGAGGCUCUUGAAGGAGAUCGGCCAUGAACAGCCUUGUGCGACACCUCUGUUCAGUGACAGCAAGGCAGCCAUUGCCAUGGCACGCAAUGCAGUUCUUCAUGGGUUGAACAAGCACAUGAGGAUCAAGUGGCAUUGGCUGCGGAAGGAGGUGAAGCUUGGGACACUGGAUCCGAUCUACGUUAAAACUCAGCAACAGCCAGCCGACUUCCUUACCAAGCGGCUAGCUGAAGAGCCACACUGGCGCUGUGCGAGGAUGGCGGGAAUGUCCUUGAACUAGAGACGACGAAACAAGCCGACAGUCUGAGGGGGAGUGUGUUGGUGCAUAUUCGUUUGCACGUCAUCCUGUCGUCUGUUCGCAUCAUUUCGUUGCAUGUGUUUUGUGUGCUACAUUGUUUGUAUGGUUUGUUGGGUUUGCAUGUCUUUGCAUGUUCAUCUUGUGCUUGUGCAGAUGUGCUUGGAUUGUGCAUGACAUCGAGCACAUUCCAACGAGCCAAGAAUUGUUGGAAUCGGAGCACAAUGAAGAAGUUACGAAGAAAUGUUUGAUGGAUUUGUUACAACUCAUUGGAAGUCCUUGGCAGCUGCUACACCAAAGUUGGAGAGCCCUAUAACGAGGAGGGACCAGCAUGUGUGGGACUUUUGUCCCCACCCUGCAGCUGCAGCAUUUGGGGUUUGGAGGCCAACCUGGUACAGUGUGAAUUUUGUCUUGCCAGGCUGGCUGAACCUGAGGAUGGGGAGUCAAGACUUUGACUCUUGUCAUGUUCUUGACCAUGGGCCUCCAGGGUCCUUCCCUUUCAUCCUUCCCUUCCAUCCCUACCUUCCAACUGUGCUU